GUUGAACUUGCAAAAAUGUUGUUGCAUGAGGGACAGAGUCAUCUUUUUGAUCAUUGGCCAGACCUAGGUGUUGAUGAUGACAAAAAGAAGGGUUUCUUCAAACAGGUUUCUCUUCUUAAUUCAAGCUAUCCUGGUGGUUUGGUACAAUACAUUCAAAAUGCAAGAAAGCUACUAGCAGAUUCAAAGGCUGGGAAAAAUCCAUAUGAUGGUUUCACUCCUUCUGUUCCUUCUGGAGAGGUCCUUACAUUUGGUGAUGACAACUUUAUCAUGUUGGAAGAUGCUGGUGUUAGAGAGGUACACAAGGCUGCAUUUGUCCUUGUUGCAGGUGGGCUAGGGGAACGCCUUGGAUACAAGGGAAUAAAGUUGGCUCUUCCUUCAGAAAUUACUACAGGCAGAUGCUUUCUCGAACAUUAUAUAGAGUCUAUCCUGGCUCUACAGGAGGCUAAUUGUAAAUUGGCACUAGGUCAAUGCCAAGCUGAGAUUCCUUUGGUGAUAAUGACAUCAGAUGACACUCAUGCACCAACUGUAAAGCUUUUGGAAUCAAAUUCUUAUUUUGGAAUGAAGCCUUCACAAGUGAAACUUCUUAAACAGGAAAAAGUGGCAUGCUUAGAUGAUAAUGAUGCAAGGCUUGCAUUAGAUUCAAAAGAUAAAUACAAAAUUCAGACGAAGCCUCAUGGCCAUGGCGAUGUACAUGCACUUCUUUAUUCCAGUGGUCUGCUUAAUGAAUGGCAGAAUGCAGGUCGAAGGUGGGUUUUGUUUUUUCAGGACACCAAUGGAUUACUCUUUAAGGCAAUACCAGCUGCAUUGGGUGUAAGUUCCACCAAGGGGUACCAUGUUAAUUCUCUUGCUGUUCCUCGGAAAGCAAAAGAAGCUAUUGGAGGAAUAACCAAGCUUACGCAUAGUGAUGGGAGGACCAUGGUUAUCAAUGUGGAGUACAAUCAACUUGACCCAUUACUCCGAGCAACUGGGCAUGCUGAUGGAGAUGUGAAUUGUGAAACAGGCUUUUCUCCCUUCCCUGGGAACAUAAAUCAGCUGAUUUUGGAACUUGGACCGUACGUUGAGGAGCUUACAAAAACACAAGGUGCCAUUGCAGAGUUUGUUAACCCUAAAUACAAGGAUUCUAGCAAGACAGCAUUUAAAUCCUCAACUCGAUUGGAAUGUAUGAUGCAAGAUUAUCCAAAAACACUACCACCAUCAGCAAAAGUUGGAUUUACAGUAAUGGAUACAUGGCUUGCAUAUGCACCUGUGAAGAAUAACCCUGAAGAUGCUGCUAAGGUACCGAAGGGAAAUCCUUAUCACAGUGCAACUUCUGGAGAAAUGGCUAUAUAUAGGGCAAAUAGCCUAAUUUUGAGAAAGGCUGGCGUUCAGAUAGCAGACCCUAUGAUUGAUGUAUUCAAUGGACAAGAGGUGGAAGUUUGGCCACGCAUUACAUGGAGGCCUAAGUGGGCACUAACAUAUGCAGAUGUGAAGAGAAAGGUUAGCGUGGGAUGCUCCAUAUCCUGGAAAUCUACCAUGGUCAUCAAUGGCAAAAAUGUCUUCCUUGAUGGUCUUUCUUUGGAUGGUACUCUUGUUGUGAAUGCCAUUGAUGAAGCUGAGGUGAAAGUGACUGGCCAUAUUCAAAACAAUGGCUGGACGCUCAAGCACAUCGAUUACAAGGACAGUUCCAUCCCUGAGGAAAUACGAAUUAGAGGUUUUAAAAUCGAGAAGGCUGAACAGCUAGAGAUCAACUAUGGUGAGGCUGGGAAGUUCUGCUACACUUCAUGAAUGAGUAUUUCAUAAUGCCAGAAGGCAACAAACUUGUUUCUUAUUAAGAAUUUGGUUUUUUUUUGUCUGUUAUUAUUAUGGCAAAAUAAGUGGAUUAAUCUUAUUGGGGCUUUGAAUAUUUUUUCUUACCUUAAGAAUAAGUUGUGAAUAGCUCUUCUAUUGCAUUUAUGCUCUGCAGAACAAGUUGUAUAAUCGCUUGCUCCUAAAAAGGCUCUUUGUUUUGUUCCAGGAAGUGUAUGCACACAACAUUGAAAAUAAUAAAUUAUGCCUAUCAGGAUCUCAAUGGU